AUGCCAUGGUUCCAGAUUGCUUGCCAUAGAGCAGCCCUCGUGGGCUCGCGGGCCAGACACCUAUACCGAAACGAUGUACCAGCGAUAUUGGCCGAGUCCACCCACCUCCCCAAAGAUUACAUCUCGUUCGGUCGACGAGGUUUUUACCAAAGCCCGAGCCUCGUCUCCCGUCGAUUUGGAGCCAAGGCUUGGACACCGGAAGAAGAGAAAGAGCUGAUUGCGUUGCGCAAGAGAGGGGUCAAAUGGUCCCAAAUGAAGUUCCAUCUGGAAGGCAGAACUACCCUGGGUAUUAUUGGCCACAUGAAUACCCUCGCUCAUGGGGACGGACCUUUGGCAAAAGAAGCGCGAGAUUUAAGAAGGGCUCACCGUAAAGGUAUUCCAUUGGUUCCGGAAGACGUACGCAGGGCCGUGCAGUUGCACGACGAAGGCCUAACUGCUAAGCAAAUCGAUGAGAGCAUUGGAAAGGGCCAUGGACCGGCCAGGAUCCGCCAGUUCAUUCGUGACCCUGCGCAUUUCCUCGACCCGCAACGAGAGACACGCUUUACGCCGGAAGAAGAUCUGCUUUUGGCGCAACUCGUGCUCGAGAAACUCAGGUGGAGCGAGAUCGCCAAGCACUUUCCCUCGAAGUCUGUUCGAACCUUGCAGUCGCGCUGGGAGUUUGAACUCCGCACGAAAGACACGCCUUCCAAGGCUGUCAGAACGAACAACGGCCGCAGGGCCUGGACUCGCAGAGAUAUUGAAGAGAUGCUCAAUUUGUACAAGGAGGGCAGGACGACUCAAGCCAUCGCAGAGAGACUCGAUCGCACGGCUCAUCAGGUCAGGUGGAAGCUCAAUGUACAUGGUCUAGUCAGGGGAGGUCACAGAGAGAUUGAUGCUGAGGCGGCAGACAGCGUGUUGCAAGGCCUCGGCGUGGAUGAAAGGGUUUCCCCGGACCUGGGCGAGGAAAUGCGCAAAUUGGCAAGCUCUGGGAUGACUGCGCCGCAAAUCGCCCUUGCUCUAAAUCAGAAAACCAAUGUUGUUAGGUACUGGCUGACCCACAAUGGACGCAACCGCCAAAGCGCCUGGACUCGUAAGGAGGAAGCCAAUGUUAAGAGGCUUCUUGAUGAAGGGAAGAGCGUUGUCCAGAUCGCCGAGGAAGUGGGCCGGACCAAGGCGUCAGUACAGGCAAAGGUCCACAUACUCAAAGGGCGCGAAAUCGGAAAGUCGAACGAGCCACAGAGAUAUUUUUCCUGGACUCCUGAAGAAGAGACGAGACUGAAAGAAUUGUAUCUCGAGGGUACGACUGCCAAAGCUAUUGCCGCUGAACUUGGUCGCCCCCAGCAUGGUGUGAACGCGAAGAUCGUGGGCAAUCGUAAAGCUGGCAGUCUUCCGAUGAAGACCCGAGAGAUAUCACAGCCAGCGGACACCGAAGCGGUGACCUCAUAA